AUGGCAACUGUAAUAAAUUUCUUUAAACAGCGACAGUGUCUCAUAGCAUUUUUGUGCCUCGGGAUUGCCCUUACAUCGUCAGCUAGUCGUAAAGAGGAGCUCGAAAAGGCCGCCGAGCUCGCAGUAGAAAAGGCGGCCGAAAGGGCGGCCGAGAGGGCAGUGGAAAAGGCUCUCGACAGUGGGAAUACCACGACAGAAUCCAAGAUUGUCCGCGAAUCUUACUCCAAUGUCAGAAAAGACAAUCCGUACAAGGAAAAGAAGGAGGAUGACGAUUACGACAGCGGCGGAUACGAACGGGUGGAUGAUGAAGUGGAAUCAGAAUCAGAAUCAGAAGAAGACGCGGAUGAUUGGAGCAGAUAUUCACGAGAUUCAGCGUUCGCGUCUCGACGUACGCUAAACAGAGACUUUCCUGCGUGGUCUAGCAAGAUUAAUUUCAAAGACCCGACCGAUACUUGGAAAAGAUUCCCGAGAAGCGAUUGGUCCCAAGAAAGUACGAGUUGGAAUAAACCCAUCGAGAAGGUCGUGACCAUAGAAAAGAAAGUGCCAGUACCCGUGACAAUUGAGAAGAAAAUUCCCUAUUCGGUCUACAAGCACAUUCCUUACGAGAUCAAAGUGCCCGUACCGCAGCCUUAUACGGUAGAGAAGAGGGUGCCUUACCCGGUCAAGGUCUACGUGAAUGUACCGGUCGAGGUAUUGGAGCCAUACCAAGUCGAGAAGCAAGUUCCUUACGAAGUGAAGGUCGACAAUCCCGUGCCGUACAAAGUCGAGGUGCCAGUACCGCAGCCGUACACGAUCGAAAAAAGAAUUCCAGUUGAGGUAAAAGUACCGAUACCGCAGCCAUUUACCAUCAACAAGCCGAUACCUUUUGAGGUCAAAGUACCGGUCAAGAUACCGACGCCGUACGAGGUCGAGAAGAAGGUGCCGGUACCGGUGAAGGUUUCCGUCGAUCGGCCGUAUCCGGUACCAGUGCCAAAACCGUAUCCGGUGGAGGUCACCAGACCGUAUCCCGUAGAAGUGCCUAAACCGUAUCCAGUAAAAAUAAAAGUACCUGUGGAGAAACCGUAUCUGGUACCGGUCGAGAGGCCAGUUCCAGUACCUGUCAAAAUACCGGAUCCUCAACCGUAUACCGUGGAAAAACCUGUACCAGUAGAAAUAGUGAAACCUUAUUCCGUUCCGAUUAAAGUACCCAUGGACAAGCCUUACGAGGUGCACGAGGCGAAGCCGGUGUUGGUUUCGGUGAAAAAGCCCUUCCCGUAUGUCGUGCAAGUGCCGAUACCCGUUAAGCUCGGUUGGAAAGAUCGAAAUGUCAAGGACAAGGAAGAUCUGUUGGAGAGCGAAAGCACCGAGACCAAACCAUUGUGGCGACCGCAAUGGUUUAAUCGCGAAUCAUUCAAUCGAUGAAACCGCAAACGUUUGUACUGUUCGCCGCAAACUGUUUAUCAUACUGACAUCGUGUACACGGAUAUUUUGCAUAAAAUCAUGAUAAGUACACUUUAUGUAAUUUAAAAAAGACUGAAUGUCUAUAAAAUAUAUAAAAAGUAAAUUAAUUAAAUUGUAUAAAUCAUAAUAAUUAACAAUUAUAGUGAAUUUCGAAAAAAGUAAAUUUCCAAAAAAAUGCUGCAAUUAUAUAAAAGAAAUUUCAAUUCUUAAUACAUAAAAUGCAAAUUAGUUUUGUCACGAUACAUAAUAUAAUUAUUUUAUAAAAAUUUUUUUUUAUUAACAAAAUAUAAUCACAUUUUUAUAUAUGUUUUAAUUAUUGUAUAUAAUAU